GGCGCCAAGGAGCGGUCUCCCGGCGUGGGCGACGGAGCAGUGCGGGAAGCCGGGCGAAAUGGGGUGCUUUGAGUGUUGCAUCAAGUGCUUGGGGGGCAUUCCCUACGCCUCACUGAUCGCCACCAUCCUGCUGUACGCUGGAGUCGCCCUCUUCUGCGGCUGUGGUCAUGAAGCACUCUCGGGAACUGUCAACAUCCUUCAAACCUAUUUUGAUAUGGCAAGAGCUGCUGGGGACACUAUUGAUGUUUUUACCAUGAUUGACAUCUUCAAGUAUGUGAUCUAUGGAGUAGCAGCUGCCUUCUUUGUCUAUGGCAUUUUGCUGAUGGUGGAGGGAUUCUUUACAACUGGAGCCAUCAAGGAUCUCUAUGGGGAUUUCAAAAUCACCACCUGCGGCAGAUGUGUCAGUGCCUGGUUCAUCAUGCUGACAUACAUCUUCAUGCUUGCCUGGCUGGGAGUCACAGCAUUCACCUCUCUGCCUGUUUACAUGUACUUCAACCUGUGGACUAUUUGCAAAAACACCACUGCAAUGGAUGGGGCAACCCUCUGCUUGGACCUCCGUCAGUUUGGUAUUGUAACAGUUGGAGAAGAAAAGAAGAUCUGUUCCACAUCCGAAAAUUUCGUAAGAAUGUGUGAAUCUACUGAGCUGAACAUGACAUUCCAUUUGUUCAUAGUGGCACUUGCCGGGGCUGGAGCAGCAGUCAUUGCCAUGGUUCACUACCUUAUGGUUCUGUCUGCCAACUGGGCCUAUGUGAAAGAUGCUUGCAGAAUGCAGAAGUAUGAGGAUAUUAAGUCAAAGGAAGAACAAGAGCUUCACGAUAUCCAUUCUACCCGUUCUAAAGAGCGACUCAAUGCAUACACAUAAGAAAAAUCUUCUCUUCCUUUCUAUCAUUGAAUGCUUUGUUGUUUAACUAAAGGCCAUCCCCAUUUGUUCAGUUUUAAAACAAAAUGAAAAGUGCUUCUCACAAAAGGUAGUUUGGGUGGCACAUAAACCACCCUGUACAAUUCUUGGUUGACCAGCACUUGGUUUCCUAAUUAGUUAAUAGCUUGUGUGACCAGUCUCUACUACAAAGCUCCUGAAACAGCCUUUCCUGAAUCCUAAACCAAUUCUUUUCUGUUAAAUCAAGAAUACUAACUAUUGUCAAAUACGGAAAUAUGUUUGAUUUUUUAAAAUCACUUUGUAUGUGUUAUGCAUAACACCUUUUUGCAUUGUUUCUUAUAUGUUUUUGAAACGAAAAUAGCUUUUUAUACUUUUUAGUUUCAGUUUCGGUAAGUACUUUAACUACAGGUAUACUUCAAAGGGACCACUAUACACCAUGUACAAUUUCUCGAGGAGGCACACUGCUGACAUUCCUUCAGAUUUGGAAAUCUUGCCAGGUGGACCAGCGAGCAUCUUGACCAAGGGUCCUGAGAACAUUUUAAACAAUCAAAGGUGCAAUUUCUAAAUUUGUAAGAGUAGGUAAAAACACAAAAAGAAGUGCUUCUUAUCUUUGUUAACAUUGUAUGAUUCUUGAUGUACUUAUCGGAGUAUUCUCUCUUUUAAAAUUUCAUUGGUGGCUAUUCCUAUUUUCUCUUGUGAGCAUGCAGAUAGUGGUGCUUGUAAUGCAUGGCCAUUUGUCUUUUUCAAAACA